CAGCAGCAGCAGUCGAUUUUGGUGUUUCGUUUUAAUGGUGAACUCUCAAAAUAAGUGCUCGGGAAAAAGUGCAUAGCUGGUCCCUUUGGUCCGUAGUUUACCUUCCCGUGACCUUACAAACGACGAAGCAAACGGUCCGGAAUCGACGGGCUCAUAAAUGGACCACUAGGAAGACCGAUAUCUGGUGAAAAACGUGUUUUGCGUCAAGGCAGACGGAAGAUUGUGAAUUUGAUGGAUUGCUGACUCGAGGAGUUGAAUUUUGGUCGCCUACUGCGGAUUGAAGACUUCGUAAAAAGAAACUAUUUUCAACACGUGGAACACCAAGGAAGCAGCCACGGCGCAGCCCAGCAGCAAAGACGGCCCUGCAGGAAAUCGCAAGCAUAUCGAGGUGGACAGUUCAGGAAAGUUGGAAGAAGCAGUAACGAAAGCAGUCGGCACCGGAGGCAAAAGAAAGAGCGAUCUAGAUUUACAACCGAAAUCUACACCAACAUCUUCUAAUAGUGGGAAAACGCUCGUUAUGUCGUCCAGCUGCUGCGGCACCAAAAAGCAAAAAAUGAACGGCAACUACUCCAACGCGAACGGGAAUUGCUCCGGCGAGGGCGGCAGCAACCAUACUACUUCUAUGUCCAACGGCCAUAAUGGGUACAUGAGCAACGGCCACUGCGGUAACGACGCUGCUGCUGGUCACUCGUCGUCGCUGGGUGCGUCUAUGCCCGACAUGUGCUUUUUCUGCUUCGAGGUUCUGUAUCGGGAGCUGAACAAUUUGGAAGAACCGCGAUCACCGUCCUUUACCAAUGAUCCUUAUCCAUUGUUCGUCACAUGGAAAAUCGGAAAAGAUAAACGUCUGCGCGGAUGCAUUGGAACGUUCAGCGCCAUGCGCCUACACUCAGGUCUUCGAGAAUACGCAAUAACAAGUGCUUUAAAGGAUUCGCGCUUCUCGCCGAUCACGCGAGACGAAAUACCAAGACUGACGGUAUCGGUAUCGCUGCUGCAGGGCUUCGAGGAGGCCCGCGGCUACCUGGACUGGACGCUCGGGGUGCACGGCAUUAGGAUAGAGUUCUACAACGAGCGAGGAUCUAAACGCACUGCCACCUACCUGCCACAGGUGGCCACUGAGCAGGGUUGGGACCAAACACAGACGAUCGAUUCGUUGCUUCGCAAGGGCGGAUAUCGGGCGGCUAUCACGCCGGAGAUGCGUCGCUCAAUCAAGCUGACCCGCUAUACUUCACAGGAGUGCCACAUGACCUACAACGAGUACCGUGAGCUGGUUGAGGGUCAUCAACAGCAAUCGCAACACUUCAACCAGGUUGGCAAAGUGCAAUGCUAACAACACGUCUUUUAUCUGCCUCCGCCACGACCGCCGCCGCCGAUUCUGCAAUUAGGUCAACCUCAUCCGCAACAGCAGCAACGCCAACAACAGCUACAUCACUACCAGCCGUUGCAUCCAUUGCCUAUCUGUCAUCCGGCGUGGAACGGCAACAAUCCCCCCAUUGUGCAUCCGCCGGACCCUGCUGCUGCUGGUGGUGGUGGAUCGUUUUCCUCUUCCUCGUCCUUUUCAUCAUCCUCAUCGUCCUCACCGCCGUCUUUAUCUUCGACGUUUUCGUCGCCCCAGGGAGCGAUGAUGCCGGCAGCUUCUUACCAGACCUCCUAUCAACAGGUACACCCAAUAGCGGUUAUUCAGCAUCCACCAUCAUUAUACCACCAACAACCCGUUCAGUACCAGACGCCAUCGACUUUGAUGACAACGAACACUCACCACAACCAGACCCAACGCCAUCCCCUGCAAGCACCAAUUCAGCCGCAGCAGCAACACCAUUACCGUUCUCGCUACUUUCAUCGCUAAAUCCGUUGCAGUGGUGGUAAGCGAUGUGACUAAGCAGGCAGAUAUCCUUGGCACAUUCGUCGAUAUGUGGUGGCAUCCCCAGGUAAGGUACUAUACAGAUGAACUGACGAAGUUCGUUGAAUAUCGCUUGGCAUACAAUUGAUAUUCAUUUUGAUUGUACUACCACAAAUGUGUUAACUUUGCUGAUUCAAAAGCAUUUCUAACGAAUGAGAUUCGAAUCCGUAAAAUUACACAAGAACGACGAAUUUCAUCCCUGGAGCCAGUAAACAAAAAUAGGGUCAAUAAACCUUUUAGUGCAACAAACAACAACACGAUCUUCAUAUAUCGAUUACGGUGGCAGGAUAGUGGCCAGGACAACAACAAAAAACAGUUCAUUUGUCGCUUCGUUGCGCAUACUUUAGGGUUAAGAAAGCAAACAACAACCACAAAACAAUUAAGCGGUAACUAAAUGUUCAUUCAAAUUUACUUACUAUAGCACUAAUAUAAUCAAUUGAACUCGUUCGUUGCGAUUGUGAAGGAUUACACAGGUUCUGCUAACAGUGUUGCUAAGUUAUGUUACCGGGGAAGGCAAAAUUUUCUUGAGUCCGGGAGGUAAUUAGAAUUUCCGUAAACAACCACACUUAAGAUUCCAUCUACAAAAUUCGGUAAACUAUAACCAAGCUGAAAAGUAUUCGUCCCAACUACUAAAGCAUCAAACGAUCAAAAUUUCUUGUGUGCAUUCUUAAGCAUUAAUUAAGGGAAAAAACGUUAUAAAGUUAAGAUUACGAUAAGCAAAUUUAAAAUAAACGGAAUCCAUACUAAUUGGAAACUGACAAAUAAACCACAAUUUUACACACUGUGAAACAAACUUUGUUUUUAGCUUUGCGCUCUGCUGUUGUUUGUCUGUCAAUUUCCAAUUAGUAACAUUUUCCUCAUAAUUUGUGCCGAACUGGAGCUGCUGAGGGAGAACAAACACGAAGAUGCAAACUAACUCCAUCAUCGAACAACAACCGUUCAGCCGUUACUCGAUCAUCUUUGUAAUACAUACAUAAUUCCACCACCAUCGUGUUUCGUGAUCGUGAUGAAGGUUUUUGUUUUAUUGAGUUGAUUGAACAUAAUUUGGAAUUGAAAUUGAUUUCUAGUUGUUAUUUUUGUCUUAUGCAAUAUUGAAAAAUAACUGAAUGUUGGCAUUUUUUUUCGAAGUCCUAACUACACUUCGGACUCGUAAGAUCUAUGUCAAAGUAAUUUACUAAGUCACAAAAUACCUGUACAACUUUUGCAUCGUUAGAAAAAUUUCAUUUUUGAUGUUAUAUUUCCCAGAUUUAUUCUUUUCCGAGAGUUGAAGGUACUUAAUAUCUGUAGAUUAGCAAUUUUCAGUUCUAAACAGGUAAUUUUCCCAUCUGGUGUCCCAACCUUCAUCACGAUUUAAAUAGAUUCGUCAUAACAUAAACUACCUAGAUAACAAAGGGAUAAGGAAUAAUAAUAUUCUAGCGCAAUGGUGAUUUCAAUAAUUGUGACAACUAAAAUAUGUCCACCAAUUAUUCACAGUUAGGCACACUCUCAAGAAUAUGGUCUCUUCAAUCACAAUUUCUGUUGUAUUUUCUAUCUUAUUUCUCAUCAUAUUGAGUAAACCAAAUCUCAAAACUGAUUCUAAGUUAGCCAGUACACAAUUAUUCAAACGAUACAAAAGAGGGAAUAAAAACGUGGAUGGGACGCUUUACUCCUUAAAAUAAUUAUCGUCGAAACAAAACAAAAAAAAAAAGAAGAUAGAAUUUACGCAUAAGAAGUUAAUAAAUUUUAAAGAAUUUUAAAAAGCAAGCAACGGGCCGUUGUGAAUAAAAACCAGCUACAAUAUUAAAACGCGAAAACCAAAUUUUAUCAAUAAUCAGUAAGAAAAAAUGAAACACAGGUUGGAACGAGUGAGGGUCGGUCGGUCCGGAAAGCCACUAUUUUACCAAGUUGAUUGAACAAUAAUUCCGCAAAGAGUAAAAUGAAAAGUGAAACAAUAAAAUGAAAAAAAUAACACAGGCAUCAUCCAUAAAUAGCUCUGCAACUUGAUCGUUCGAUUGCACCAAAAAAAAAAAAACAAAUAACUAUUUUUUAUUAUAUAUUAAAUCUAGAAAUUAAAAAAAAACAAGUGAUUCGUUUUCUCGUGAUUUGCAAUUUUGGAAAUAUUAAGAGGAAAAAAAAAACAGAAAAAAGAAUGUGUCUUUUCGAAAGUCGAAACCUUUAACUCAAACACCGUAUAAAAUUUAACCAUCUAAUCUAAGCUGAAAAAGCGUGAAGAAUAUAUUUUCCUAAAAACCCAUCAUAGUCCGUUUUUAUGCUCGGGGUUAGUUUUUUUGUUUCGCGUAACCAUGAUAACCAAGGUACAAUUUUAUCGGUAAGUUGCAUUGAGUUUUAAAAAGCAAUUUUUUUUGUUAUGUUCUAUUCGGUUCAAGAGAAUCGGGUUCAGUUAAAAAUCUCCCCUAAUCUGUUUGGAACUAACUAGCGUUGAUUAGUUGAUGUUUUUUCAUAUCAGAGAGCGAAAAUAAAAAAAAUACAAACAAUAUAUUUACCUUAGGGUCGUAAUUAAAAUCGAUGAGAUAACAUUUA